AGACAUCAGUCUUUUGAAUUCCAUUGGUAGUUGAGUUUUGUUUUUGAUUCAAGUGAGUUUCACAGUCGGACAUCCGGACGGAUCACGACGUCCAGAUCAACAGCUCAUCGAUGGAUCUUACGUUAAUUAUCUUUUUGGUGCUAGCCAACAGCGAUGUGCGGACUUCUCCAAUCGGUUUUAUCGGAUGGCCGCAAGAUGCGAUCAAUACUGGAACGGGAAGUAUAUGGCACGUUUUCCGGCAGGUACACGCUUCCGAAGUGGCCAGUCGGCAAUUUCUGUCGUCAUCAAGAACACCGUCGGCCAAAGUAGCCGAGACGACAAAAAUCAUCCCGAAAGAAGAACGAAGUAGAUCGUACGAGCCUUCAUUCACCAUCAUCAGCCGAAUCAAGUCACCUAUGGAGCAAAUGCUGGCCUUAAUUCCAGCGCGACCCAGCUGGACGCCGGGUUUCCUUGGCCGUCGAACGGAAGCAAUCUCCACCCGCAAAGAAGAGUCAUCCAGCCGGACGUCUUCUUUGAACGGCUUGGCUCCCUGGUCGUCGCACAACGCCAGCAAUUUAUUAAUUAUUGGCGAAGCGGAACCGGUCGUCGAUGAUCAACGGCACGUGGAGACUUCAAGAAAAAGCGCCGGCCUCUUCACAGUGGAGAAAGGCAUGGUGAGAUACCGGGGUUCUCAGCGGGGGGAAGAUCUGAACGGAAACGGCCACUACCCUCCCGAAUCGCCUUCGACUUUUGGUCUGUGGGAAAUGUUGAAACUGCGUCGACCGCAGAAAUGGGAAGCGCUAAACAAGUUAUUACCAAGCCAGUCUACCACAGAGAGAGAGCCAGCCAUUGAGCCAACAACGACGUCGACGACGCCGUUCAGCUGGAACACCGAACAAGCCAAGAAUGAAUCCCAUCAUUGGCUGGAGAACGUCGACUCUCUUACGCUAACGGAGAUCAACAGCCGGACGGAAGAAGCGUCUACCAUCUUACCCACAACUAUUGCCAGCAUAACCGACAGCCAGGAACAACCGGACGCAACAACGGACCGUAACGCGAGCUCAUCUGAAGAUUCCGGUUCGAUCCCCACUACCAGGCCAUCACCAAUAGCUUCUCAUCAACUAAACAGCAGCGGGUUGGUAGUGCGCAUCGACGAGUCGAUAUAUUACGCCGUAACGGAUUCAUUUACAGAUAACGGGACCAUCGUUUUCAAACGUUUCCAAACGAACGGAGCCAAUCAAUCUGGUUGGAGUGAUUUGUCAGACAUCGAAGUCUAUUAUCCGGGUUUUGGUCAAGUUGCCAUAAACAAGCCAGCGCAGCUGAUUGUCUUCACGACCAUCGUAGCCAAUGUCGAUGAAAUACGAUCCCAACAACAAGAAUACGCAACAACUCAACCGGCACAGACGGGUACGAUGGGCGAACGUCCAACGGUACCGAUUGUUACGUCCACUUUGUCCCCGGUUGAAACCGAAACAAUCGCCUUUGACACUAAUCGGAAUGUCACAGUGGCAGAUAAUGAAGAAGAUGUCAAACAAGGAGCGGCCAACAUCGUUGCACAUCAAUUGCAAUCGUUGAGUCCCGUCUUCCGGAAAGUGGAUGAUGAUAAAUCAGCCGUAAAUAGCGUUGAACCCAAUUUGGACAAUGAAGCAGCAGACGUGGCAAUGAAUUUCGCCGUUUCGGCUCUCGUCAAUAACGUGACAGACGUGCCUACCAGUUCAACUGAAGAGCAAAUGACACCGCCCUUGUUAAAGACCUUGGAGAACCUGUUGCUGACCCACCUGUUGCCACCCAUCAGCUCCUCUUCUUCCAUCUCUUCGUCGGUUGCUUCAUCGCCAGCCAUUUUUAACGUCACAUCCCCUUCGACGCCGAGUUCCACAACGGUUAGAACUGUCUACCAUUUCACGUCCGCCUCUCCCUCAACAUCUACCAGCUCUUCGACAACGUCCACGGCUAGCACGUCAGCGACAACAUCCACAUCAACCGAGUCCUAUUUCUCUUGGCUGUUGCAUCACGCAGCUUCUGCCGAACCCAUUCGAUCCAUCAACGAUUGGUCAUUUGCCUCGCAGUUGAUUGAACCCGCACGGAUGUCGCCUACCGAUCCAGCAUCACACUCAACGACCGUUGUACCAGAAGAAAUUAUUCAAGCCCCCGUACACUACGACCCGGCCAUUAACGCUGGCACAUUGUCAUCGCACUCGAUGAUCAUUCCAGCUCGAAGUUCGUCCAUUGUGCAAUCGUUGCCGUCACGCAAACCGAUUUCAGAACGCAUCGUCACGACUGACCAAUUCUCUUUAAAUGCCGUUACGGAUAAACGGCCCGUCUCGCAAACAAUCGCGUCUCCCAUACAAAUGUUUACGCUCAAACCGGAGGUCGAAGCCUCGAAGAUCGUCACAAACAAGCCAGUGAGUAAAAAGAAUAGCGGACUGGCAUCACUGAUUCUCGCCCAUACAUCGGCUCUAAUGUCCGGCAAGAAUUCGCCAUUCUCGAACGGGAAUCGACGCCCUUCUAAUUCAUCGGAUAAUCGACAAACAAAACGGAAUUCCCUGCCGGAACCAGCGCCUGUCACGGCCUCCGUUCACGUGAUUGUGGCCAGUCCGUUUCCCGAUGCGGAACAAGAAGAACAACUUCGCCAACGAUCUUUAGAUUCUCGCGUUCGAAACAAUAACAAAAAUGCAAUCAAAACAGGGAAUUCUUCGUGGGCUUUUCCUUCCUUUAGUCAGUUGAUUGAAUCUCCCGAAUUAUUGCUAAGUAAUGUGGCUUCUUCGAAUGCUUCAAUCAUCCGGGCAGUGAACUCGGCUCCGAUCUCAUCGUUCAACGGCAACACGAAUGACGAUCUACCAUCGCUACCACGAUUUUCUUGCGGAGGUCAAUCAUCGUCCGACGAACUGGUUCUAACCAACCCGAACUACCCAAAUCCAGACGAUGAUGCCGGGAAUUGUGGCUUUCGUCUCCUCGUCAAUUCGAAUCACGUCUGUCAGGUGAGGGUCGAAUUUCGGGAUGGCCGGAUGUUGCUGCCCAGGAAAGGAAACUGCGUUCAUCAGUAUUUGACCGUCUCCCAAUCAACGAGCGGCCGUGUUCCAUCGGUGGUAGAAAACAAGUUCUGCGGAUUCAAUACAGAUCAACACUUUUACGUGGAAUUGGCCGAAUCCGGAACGAAUUCGCGUCAUGUCGAUUUCAAAGUCAAUACUAAAGCUGCUGGUUUUCCUUACCGAUAUUCGAUGAUCGUCAAUCAGAUCAAUUGUGAUUUGCCCAGUCCGGAUAAAGCACCGACUGGAUGUUUCCAGUACUUCAACAGCCGAUCUGGUGUGAUUAAGAGUUUCAAUUUUGAGGGCGGUCAGUACUGGAACAAUCAAAACUACCGUAUUUGUAUCCGAUCCAUCAGCGAUUCGUGUACGCUGUCUCUGUCCAGCACAGAAGGAGAUUUCGGCAUUCAGAAAGCCAUUUCUCGACGUGUUCCUGCCAAAAGGGCCGGCGUUGGAAUCAAGGCUUGUCCUCGUGAUUACCUGUUGAUUCCUGGAACAGUCCAGUCGGAAGAGAAAAGCCAAUCGGGAGAAAGCAACGAUCGAUAUUGUGGUUCCAAAUUCAGCGAUCGUCCUGGCGAUUUCCGUCACAGAAUCGUUUUGGCCCGGAUGCAGAACGACGUUCACAUGAUGACAUUCCGCGCUGGAGUGCCACAACAUUACAACGCGAGCCAUCACGGUCCAGGAUUCCGCAUCGAUUUCGAGCAAAUCAACGAAUGUCGUGAUUUGCCAAUCAACUUAAACAUGAAGAUCAAUGGCACUGAAUCGGCAACACUUGAAGAAGAUGAUGAUUAUUACGAUGAAGAAGCUACAGUUAAGGAUGUCGUAAGAAGCAAGAUGUCGUUCGAGUGAGUGAUGAUUUUUUAAAUCACUCGUUUCUUUUUUUGUCACCUGU